AUGGUCGUGAUGAUAUCGGGCAUUGCGUGGGUUGGAAGAGGCGUUGCAAAAGCGGUGCCUGACAAAGUGGAGCUUGACCAAGAAACUCUAAAGGAACUCAUUGAAGGCGAAGAAGUUCCUGAAUCGACUGACAUGGAUGAUGAUAAUGAAGAAGAUGAAAAGAACGACAAACAAACUAAAACUACCGGAUUGCGAGGAUCUGAAGUCGACAAAGACAAUGAUGAAGAAGUCGACAUGGAUGAAUAUGAGAAGAACUAUGAUGCGCCUGAAGAACCGAUGGGAAACAAGAGUAACUCGAUGAAAGGUGUUGCGGUGUUUGCAAACAAUGCCAAUGAUCCGUAUAUGAAAAACCGUGAUUCUGAAGAAGAAGAAGAGGAAAAGGAGGAUUUUGAAAUCAAGCCAACUGAUAAUCUUGUUGUUGUCGCCAAAAUCGAAGAGGAAGCUUGGACGCUUGAUGUUCAUAUCUACAAUGAAGUCAAUGAUGAUUGGUACGUUCAUCAUGAUUAUAUUCUUGAGGCUCCACCAAUGUGCGUUGAAACAAUCAACUAUGACCCGGGAAAUAAUGAAAACACACAUUCGGGUAAUUUAUUGGCCGUUGGAACUAUGGACUCAAAAAUCAAUAUUUGGGACUUGGAUGUUGUUAACUCUGUCGUGCCGGUUGUGACUCUCGGAAAAGAAAAGAAAAAGAAGGGUAAAGCUAAUCUGCAACAACAUUCUGAUGCCGUUCUUUGUUUGAAUUGGAAUUCAAAGACAAAGCACAUUUUGGCAUCUGGAGGUGUUGAUAAAACCAUUAUUCUUUGGGACCUUGAUAAAGCAAUGGCGGCACAAGUGAUUAAAAGUUUUGACACAGAGUUACAAACUUUGCGAUGGCAUCCGGUUGAAACAACUGUCAUGGUUGCUGGAACUCUGAGUGGACAAGUAAAAGUUGUCGAUUGUCGCAAUGUUGAAGCGUCAUUUCCAGCUUCUUGGAAUCUCGGAGGACAAGUGGAGAAGGUUAUUUGGGAUCACUAUAAUCCGUAUUGCAUUAUUGCUGCUACUGACGACGGCUAUCUCUCCUAUUUGGAUACGAGGAACACAAGCGCUCCUUUAUGGAAAGUUUUUGCUCAUGAAGGUGGAUGUGACGAUGUUGCACUUGCUCCCAAAAAUGCACGUUGUCUUGUUUCGGUUGGAUCGGAUGAACAAAUGGCCGUUUGGAAACUCAAUGAUGAUUCUACCCUAACCAAAGUACAUGGAGAGAUAUUUUCUCUGGGAAAACUUCAUUCGGUUGCAUUUUGUCCCGAUUCGGAUUCGAUUCUAGCUGUUGGAGGAACAAAAGAAGAUUUGGUUCGUAUUGUCGAUUUAACAAAACGCUUUACUGUUUCACUUGAUGAUCCACCAGAAACCCGCUGGAAUGCGGUGAUUAAAGCACACAAACAGUAUAUUCCAGCUGUUGCGGCUGAGAGUCGUGCUUAUGUACCAAAAUGGGCUCAACCUUUCGUUUUUUGGUUUGCUGGUCUGCUUGUUCACCUAUUUCCCGAUGACUAUGGAGCUGAAUUGAGGGGAAUUGCAAAAGCGGCGGGAUUACCUUUGGGAGAAGUUGUCGGAUUGAAUAUUCUUUAUGAUAUUACCGCCUUCGAUAGACAUCACAUCUUUGGUCUUGGAUGUACGUCUUUAGUGGCCGAAGAUGAAAAGGGAACUAUUUGGCACGGGAGAAAUCUCGACUAUGAAAUGGGCGAUCUUUUGAAAAAUAUCACAGUGGUCGUGGAUUUUGUAAGAGGAAAUCGAAUUGUUUAUAGUGGAGUGACGUUCGUUUUGUACAAUGGUUUGCUCACAGGACAACGGCCGAACGCUUUUUCGUUGAGCCUCAAUGCUAGAUAUGCUGGUGCCUAUAUUGACAAUGUCAUCAUGGAACUUUAUACGCAUUUCCGCAAUCCUGUUAGCUUUGUUAUGCGACAGGUUCUCGAAGAAGAAACCCAGUAUGCUUGGGCAGUGGAUCGCCUCAUUCGCACACCGCUCAUUUGUCCAGCCUAUAUUACGGUAGCCGGGGUAAAAUCUGGUGAAGGCACGAUUAUUUCACGAAAGCGAAUGGGCGCAGCUAAUGUUUGGAAACUGAAUCCACUUAAAGGACAUUGGUUUCUGGUAGAAACGAACUUUGACCAUUGGACUCCCCAGGGAGAUCGACGCAAAAAAGUGGCUACACAUGCUUUGAACAAGUUGGGACGGGAAAGACUUUCCGCCGAGACACUCUACAAUCGGGUCCUUUCCCGACGUCCGGUUCUCAAUGACCUUACAAUUUUCUCGUUGGUGAUGUCCGCGGCACAACCCGAUGUCUUCCACAAAUACAUUGCCGUUCGCUCAAAUUCAACAAGCAUGCCGUCAUUUUCUGAAUACAUUUUG